GUGCGUGCAUUACAAGUACAGCAACUCUGUUAGGAGACAUCUGGAUUCUAAAGACAAAUUGCACAAUGCUCUGCUACUGUGUGAACACCCGCUUUUCUACACCAUUGGAAUCAGACAGGCCCUAUACCCAUUCGAAGAGGAGCAAAGACAAACUCCUUGGUGCUGAAUUCUUUCGUAGCAACCGUGGCGGACUCAUAACUUUCCAUGGCCCAGGGCAGUUGGUGUGCUACCCAAUACUCAACUUGGGCUGCUUCAAGAAAAGUGUGAAAUGGUACGUGUUUUAGCUGGAGAGGACUGUCAUCAACCUUUGCAGGAAGUAUGGGAUAAAAGCAUCCACCUCCCCAGACACUGGGGUCUGGGUUGGAGACAACAAGAUAUGUGCCAUAGGUAGGUUAACCUUUGAUUGAAAUAACCUAUUUUUUGCUAUGUUUACAACAACAGAGCUACAAUGUGUCAUGCUUGAUAUUACAGUCAAAUGUUUCCUCUUUCAGGAAUCCAUUGUGGGACAUACAUACCAUCUCAUAGCUUGGCACUGAACUGCAACACAGAUAUGGGCUGGUUUGAAAACAUUGUGCCAUGUGGGAUUGUUGGCAAAGGUGUCACAUCCCUCAGUGAAUAACUGGGAAGAGAUGUCUCUAUUGAAGUACCAUCCCACGACUGCUGGAAACUUUCAGUGACCAGUUUGACUGCACACUGCUUCAUGGAUAAUAUUCUAAUAACAAUUAAACAAUGCACGGUAAAUAAAACAUGUAUAUUUUGA